UGCCUAGUCAGCGGUUCUUUGCAUAAAUAGCACUGGGCAAGGUACCACACGAUCAGUCUGCGGGUAAUAUCGGUUGCGUGCGCGGUUUAAGGUUAUAGUUUGGGAUGGUUAUAUUGGUGGAUCGGAUUUCCAGGAGUUAAGUGAUUUGAAGAAAAAGUGCUGGUGUUCAUAUGGACUAUUAAUUUGCAAAGACAGACUUAUUGAGUGCAGUGUUCGUAUCAAUUGGCGAUAACAAUGGCUAAUAUGGAUAUAAAUGAGUUUCGAGAAUUUGGAAAAGCUGCAAUCGAUUUUGUAGCGGACUACUUGGUGAAUAUAAGAGACAGAGAUGUUCUUCCGUCCGUCGAACCUGGCUAUCUGCACGAUCUGAUUUCCAAUGAAAUUCCACAGGAGGGAGAAAACUGGAAAACUAUUAUGGAAGAAUUCAAACGUUGUAUUCUCCCAGGUCUUACGCAUUGGCAGUCUCCACAUUUUCACGCCUUCUAUCCAUCCCAAACCUCAUACUCAUCAAUUGUGGGAGAAACGCUUGCCGCAGGCUUAGGCGUCGUUGGUUUCAGUUGGAUCUGCAGUCCAGUCUGCACGGAGCUGGAGGUUAUUAUGAUGAAUUGGAUUGGUCAGCUGUUGAAUCUUCCGCGAUGUUUUCUCAAUUGCGACGAAGGAAACGGAGGAGGAGUUAUCCAGGGAUCGGCGAGUGAAUCGAUCUUCAUUGCUGUUUUGGUUGCUCGUGAGCAAGCCGUUCGUCGUUUGAAGAAUGAUCAUCCAGAAUUGACAGAAGCAGAAAUUCGUGGUAGGUUGGUUGCCUAUACUAGCGACCAGAGUAACAGUGCUGUUGAAAAAUCUGGGAUCUUAGGAGCCAUCAAGAUGCGUCUUUUACCCGCAGACGACGAUUGUGUGUUGAGAGGAGAAACGCUCAUCAAGGCGGUUGAGGAAGACAAAGCAAACGGGUUGUUUCCGGUUGUGAUGGUUGCAACGUUGGGAACCACUGGAACAUGUGCGUAUGAUAAGCUUGAGGAAAUCGGACCUUACUGCAAUGAAAACAAAAUCUGGCUUCACGUGGAUGCGGCAUACGCUGGGGCUUCAUUUUGCCUACCGGAAUACGCGUGGAUAAAGAAAGGGCUCGAAAUGGUCGAUUCACUCAACUUUAAUUUGCACAAAUGGUUGUUUGUGAACUUCGAUUGUUGUGCCAUGUGGUUCAAGGAUGCUGCUAUGAUCACUGAAGCUUUCAGCGUUGAUCGCAUCUAUCUGCAGCACAAAUAUCAAGGCAUGAGCAAAGCCCCUGACUAUCGACAUUGGCAAAUUCAGCUCGGCAGACGGUUCCGUUCAUUGAAGGUUUGGGUCACGCUUAAAACAAUGGGGGCGGAAAAGAUUCGGAAUUUGAUCCGUUUUCACAUUAGCCUUGCGCAGCAGUUGGAGAAGUACGUUAGAGCUGAUCCAAGGUUUGAAGUUACCUCAUCCACAUUGGCACUGGUAUGUUUCCGUUUGAAGGGAGAGGAUACUUAUUCUAAACAGCUGCUUGAUAACAUCGUCAAACGAAAGAAGAUUUUUAUGAUCCCUGCUACGUACCAAGGCAAAUUUAUUCUGCGUUUCAUGAUUGCGGGACUUGAUCCACAACCUGAGGAUAUCGAUUAUGCGUGGAAUGAAAUCAAAACACAGACUGACUUGCUGCUGGGAGUAGACGAUAAUGGAAAUAACGUAUCGAUCAAAGACCUAAUCAAGCAGGAGAUAUUCGAGAAAGAAAAACCGAUUGAAAAGAUUACCGAAAGCUUAGGCGGGCUGACGCUAGCUAGUGAAAAAGCUCAGUGACUGAAAUGUAUAUGUAAAGGCUUGUUUAAGUUCCGUUGAAGUAUAUAUAUAUAGUAGAAUUCAAUAUUUUCCACCUCUAGCUAGAAUGAUUGUUUGAUUUUCAUUUAGGAUUAAUAUCAUAUAUUUGUUUGUUUCUCUUAAUUCUGAUUGUAGAUUAAAGCUCUAAGUUAGAUCGAAUAUAUUACCUAAUCCAACGUUGCAUCCACGCACAAUCGAAAAAAAAAUGUUAUAAAUAAAUUAUUUCAAUAAAGAAUUCUAUUUAUUAGAGUAAAGCAUGCAAUGGAAUAAGUUUUAAUACCACACAAACCUACCAUUAUUUUUUUAAUCAACAACUGUACACUUUUGUUGCAGCACCCUGGUGCUUGAGCUUUGCUGCAAUAAUGUUUUAAGAUCUAAAAAAAUCUAAAUAUUGCGUUGUGAAAGUUUGACGAAUAUUUUCUUAGUG